CGUCCCCGUCGAGCCUCGCCGAUAUGACCUCGAUUGAUGUUCUUCAGCGCGUUCCGUCUGAAUCUCCGCCUUCUCAAUCCCUUCGACCCCGCGAAGAUCAAGCGAUGACGACCACCAGUUGAUUCAAUUCGUCCCCAGGAUCUCCCGAUCGCCUCCCGCCCCCGUCGCCAGCGGCCCCGGAUUCCCCUCCCCCGCCGCCGGCUACCCCUCCGAUCGGCUCCGUCGGCGUUUUCCCCUCCGUCGCCGAUCGCUCCGUAAUCUGCUUUUGUGUAGCUCAAUGAGGUCGGAAGUCGGCAGUAGGAGAAUAGGAUGUGAGUUUGGUAGGAACAUGCUGAUGAAGAGCGAGCCUCCUUCGCUGGUCGAUCUCUGCGUCAGGACCGUGAUAGAUAACUUGAGAUAUCUAGGCGACGUCGGCGGAACUGAUCCUCAGCUUCUCUCGAGGAUUUUGCCACAUUGUACGGUUGAUCAGUUGAUGCACAUAGAGAAGAGUACGAAAGGAAGAGACUUGACUCCAAUCACUGAUGAUCUGUGGAAGAAUUUUUAUGAGAAAGAGUUUGGUAGUCGGAACACCAAGCUUGUCAAUGAGAGAAUGGAGGAUAAGGGGGUUUCGUUUAGAUGGUCACAAUUAUAUGAGGCGAAGUUGAAGGACAUAGAGCAGGCUCAGAAGAAGUCGCUGGACAGGAUGAAGCAACGAUACAAGGAAACGGAUGCCCGGAAACAAAGCCGGCAAGUUCGUCUUUGCACAAAGGUGCCACCUUCAAGCAAUAAGAGAAGUUUCGGUGGAUCGUACAACGUCUCCUAUCUGAAGAGCAAUAUAAUGAAGAAGGCAAAGAUAGAGGCUCUAAAGAGUCCAGAGGUGAAAAACAUUGCAGCCAUGAAGAAAAAUGCAAUCCAGAGAGACUACAGUAUUUCUCCCUUGAUGAGGCCACGAGGGCCAUCCAGUGGAGACUCUGCUUCGUCUUCUAAAGUGACGAAACCUAUGGGGAGAAGACUUUAGAAGCGUGCUUUUGUUCAGAAGCUUUGCGAGGAACGUCAAUACAGGAUAGCGCUCAUACAUGAAAAGAUGAGCUCAUCCGAAUUAUACAAUGUUUCGCCUUCUUCACCAGGUUGUCCAAGCCUCCGUGCCUCUCAGGAUCCUUCGGCCACCUUGUGUUUAACUGCAUUUGCUCAUGUACAAUAAUUUAAAGACAUUUAGUUAUGAUUUAAGCGAUUAAGGUCCCUCAGGUACGAGGAGCGAUGUUGAGCGAUAUGGCUUGUUAAUAAAACUCAGCAUUUCUUCCAUUCUCAGUCACUUCAAGGAGCUGAACAGGCUCUUUUCCCAGAAA